CAUAUACUUACCAACCCAGGGCAGCUUAUUAUUGGAACUACACAUGCAUGAUCUAUUGUAAUUCUUGCUCGUCCUUUACUAAUUUCUUUUUUGAUUUUCUGCAGAGGAAUGCGAUGCUAAAAGCUAUGCCACUUGUGAAAGAACGAGUGAGAGCAUUAUUUCGGAAAGCCUUAUUCCCCAACAACAAGUGCCUUGCGGUGGCAGACUUGGGCUGUUCUUCAGGACCCAACUCUCUACUUGCCAUCUCCUGGAUCAUUGAAGCCAUAUCCGGAUUGUGCAGCCAAACGGGGCGUUCGCUGCCCGAGGUUCUUGUGUUCCUGAACGACCUUCCAGGGAAUGACUUCAACUCUGUCUUCUCAUCUCUUCCCAGUUUCUAUGAGAAUCAGAAGGAGAAGAACGGAGUUGAAAGUAACUGCUACAUAUCUGCGAUGCCGGGUUCUUUCCACGGCCGGCUAUUUCCGAGCAGAAGCUUGCAUUUCGUUCACUCUUCUUACAGUGUGCAUUGGCUUUCGCAGGUCCCAGAGCUCCCAGUACAGAACAAAGGGAGCAUUUACAUGGCAAGCACGAGCUCUCCCAGCAUCUUCGAGGCCUACCUGAAGCAGUUCCAAAAGGAUUUCAAGAACCUCCUGAGCUCCCGGGCACAGGAAAUCGUCCCUGGUGGCGAAAUUUUUCUAACUUUCAUGAGCAGAAGCAUUCCUGAUCCCACCAGCAAAGACUGCUGCCUCUUCUGGUGGUGGCUCUCCAGGUCCCUUGUUGAAAUGGCCGAAGAGGGAUUGGUUGAAGUUGCGGAUAUAGAUUCAUUCAACCUGCCGUUCUACACGCCCUACAAACAUGAAGUAAGAGAUGUGGUAGAGGAAGAAGGAUCCUUCACCAUCAAUCGCCUUGAAACCUUUGAAUUGAAUUGGGAUCCUUUCUACCAUGAAGAGGACGAGAACUGUGUGUUUGACAAGUUGAAGAGUGGGCGGAACGUGACUGACUGUAUAAGAUCGGUCACAGAACCGAUACUGAGAAGUCACUUUGGAGAAGGACUGCUGAUGGACGAUUUAUUCAAGAGGUAUGCGAGGCUUGUGGGUGAUCACCUAUCAGUGGAGAAGACAAAGUGCUUCAACAUAGCCGUUUCCAUGACAAGGAAAUGAAAUUGAUCUCCGCCUCGUCUACUUUGGCACCGAGAUAAGAAUAAAAGAGCAAACAUGAAAUAAGUAUUGAGUUUAGUACAUGUUGAUGCAAUAAUACUUUAGGGUUGUUUGAAGCAAUAAUAUAAUACGGCCAGUCGAGAUUAGUACUCUGUCAAGGUAUUUGCUGACCAUUA